AUGGACCCUGCGCACAUCUUUCGCCAGGGCCUGGGUUCGGUCCCGCCUCGCCAGAACCAUGCGCACGUCGCACAGCCCCAGAGCCAGAGCCAUCCCCAGCCGCUCCACGACUUUUCGGAUGAUGACGGCUCCGGCCAUCGCGUCGCCCAUACCUUGACAGCUUGCUGCCGCUGCCGCCAGAGAAAAACACGCUGCGAUCCCACCUUGCCUCGCUGCCUGCCCUGCGAAAGAUCCGGCUCCAUAUGCGAGUACCUCGACACCACAAAGGGCAAGAAAAUCAAUCGCUACUAUGUCAUCAGCCUGCAGGACAGAGUCAGGGCCCUCGAGGCCGAGCUCGGCCAGUAUACCGACGACGAGCCCGACUACCCCUGCAGCAACGAAGACAUUGUGCGUCCCGGAGGCAUGAUCCGCCUCAAGGCCAGCGACGAGACUCCCCGCUACCUAGGCCCCAGCAGUGGUAUCGCCAUGACCCGUCUUCUCAUGGAGGAGGCCAAGCGCUACACUGAGUCGCAUCGCAUCUCGGAGCUGAUACCCGAGGUUCGUGCAAGGAGCCAGGCGCGUAUGCAGUCGAUCCAGAUGACCGGCCCGGCCGUUGGCGGCAGGAAGAAGAGCUAUCCCAUGGUCAGCGAGCGUCCGGCCGAGUCACUACCGAAGCGCGACACUGCGGACAAGCUGGUGGAGGUUUACAAACAGAAAUCUCAACUGCUUUGGCCCGUGCUGCACGAGCAGGAUCUCGAACGCGACUUGGUCGCCGUGUACGAUGGCGACGGCGAUCCCUACAAGAACUUCGUCGUACGAAUGGUCAUCGCUGUCAGUCUGCAAAAGCUCGACAUCCACUACGCGGGGUUGGCAGACAGCUAUUAUGUGGCUGCCAUGCAGUAUGCCGAGACUCUCAUUCGGCCCAAGGACCUGAAAUCACUGCAGUGCUUGAUGUUGAUAGGUCAAUACUCGCUGCUCACGCCUACAAGGACCCCCUUCUACUACGUCAUUGGCCUUGCGACGCGCAUCUGUCAGCAGGAGGGCCUGGCCGACGAGCAGACAAUCUCGACAGGCUACAACUUGGAUCCCAAGACUAUCGACAUGCGCCACAUGGGGCGGCCCAGUGGCUUCGCCACCAGUGAGGAUCGCAUGGAAGUCGGCUUCUUUUCGACCGUCGACGACGAGCACAUCACUCCAAACGGCAUUCAGUCAGGGCUGCCGAGCGAGCGCAAGCUCGUGGCCAUUCACCUGUACAAGACGCGGCAGUUUCAGGCCGAGAUCCGGAGGAUACUGUAUGAGAAGAAGCGGGCGGAGCCCAAGGACGACUCGCACCCUUGGUACGGCAGCCUGGAGCAGAAGCUGAAGAACUGGCUGGACGGGUCUCCGGAGAACCCCCUAUGGUUCAGGCCUUGGUUCACUGGCUACUACCACCAGCUGAGGAUCUCCCUGUACAGGCCGUCCCCGCAAGUGCCUCAACCGUCGGCGCAGGCGGCAAUGGUCUGCUUCGAAAGCUCGGCAUUUGUGCUGGACCAGUCCCACAAGCAGAUAGAGAGUGGCACAAUGUCCAUUACGUGGGUUUUUCUCUUGACGCUCAAUGCGGCCCUGAACGCUCUGCUUUGGGCCACGUCAUAUCCGGAGGUACGGCGGGCGCACUCACGAGACGAGGUGGAGAGCCUGGUAAACCUGUCGUUGCUGAGCCUCGACCGGUGUGCCGAACGUUGGCCCGGAACGGCCUACACCUCUCAGCUGUACGGCAUCUUUGCCAAGGCUUGCCUGCAGAGCUACGAGCUGAGAGGAGCAGACAACCAAGGGCCCGUCUUCUCCCUGGCGAGCCCGCCUUCUGGCGCCGAACCGCAGCUGUCGCCUGGAAACGUACAACAGCAGCAGCAGCAGCAGCAGCAGGUUCCCUACCUGAACCCGCCCCAGUUUGGCUUCGUCUUCGACUCGCCCGCCGAGUCCAUGAACUCGUACGCCUUCGACAAUAGAUUCCCGCCGCCGCACCCGACUUUCCGCUCCAAUUCAAUCUUUGGCAAUCCGGCCUCGGAGUCGAGCGGCCGAAGGUUCUCGUACUUCCCGCCCGACUGGUUGAAGUCGGGCGAUGGCGCCUUUGAAGGUGGCGGGGUGUCCACAACGUCACCUGAUCAGACGCUCACCUCGCCGUCGGAGCAAACCUCCAACCAGCUCCCGACGCCGCCCGAGUCGCUGCCGACGGGCGGUCUGUCCACGGCCACGCCGAGCACCUCGUUUUCGCCGCCCGGCAUGCCCCCGGGCUCGAACCUGUCGGACACGUCGGCCGACGCCGGUGCGCUGUCUGCGCAAAUGAACCCGUCGCCGCCCCAGAAGUUCAUGUCGUCGCAGACGCCGCAGCCCUCGCAGGCCACGCCCUCCUUCACCACAUCCCGAGCCCCCCAGCCCGGCCCCCAACAGCGUCCCCUGCCGACGACGACGAGCCCGGUCGACUGGUUCUCGCCGCCGGCCCCCUUCAUCUCGCCCUACAACUUCGGCCUCAUGAGCGGCGGUUUCUUCAACGAUGCCAUGCCCAACAACUUUGCCGAGACGGCGCCGACGGGUCUCGGUCUGCAAAACGUCGGCAUGGAUCUCAACGCUGUCGGCACCUUUUCUCUCUCGUCGUCGUCGUCCUCGUCGCUGAUGCCGCCUGGCAGGCAGGGCAGCCUGACGCAGGAGCAGCAGCUGGAGCUGAUGAACGUGCUCGAGACGGAGGGCGCCGGCGACAUUGACAACUUUUUGAAUGCCAGCAACAACAUGGUGGACGCGACGUGGUACUAG